AUGAACACGAAACUUGCUCCAAUCCAUGCGCCAUCAUCGUCAACAUCAUCAUCAACACCAUACGGACUAACCAAGGACGAGUAUUCAACUUUAGAUCACAUCAUCCGAACACACCACACGUUCCCAAGAUCGCCAAACACGUGCACAUCCCUCAUAGCACACCGCGUAGACGCACCGGCACGUGCCAUAUGGAGAUUCGUACGAGACUUUGCGAAUCCAAACAAAUACAAACACUUCAUCAGGAGCUGCACCAUCAGAGGUAAUGGCAGCGUCAAAGAAAUCAGCGUCGGGACCAUUAGGGAAGUCAGCGUUGUGUCUGGUCUUCCAGCGUCAACGAGCGUUGAGAUUCUCGAAGCGCUAGACGAAGAGAAACGGAUCCUGAGUUUUCGAGUUCUUGGAGGAGAACACCGGUUAAACAAUUACCGGUCGGUUACAUCGGUCAACGAGUUCGUCGUCACGGAGAAGGACAAGAAGAGAGUGUACAGUGUGGUGUUGGAGUCUUACAUUGUUGAUAUACCAAAAGGUAACACAGAAGAAGAUACGAGGAUGUUUGUGGAUACUGUUGUUAAAUCGAAUUUACAGAAUCUUGCCGUCGUUUCCACGGCUUCUCCGACUUGA